GUUGCUAAAAAUCGUGCGCGGUGAGAUGUGAGAUUUGCCGCCUGGUUUUCCGAUUAGGUUAUCAUCUGUUAUUAUCGUGUAUCGUGUUAUUUAAUUAAUUUUCGGUGAACCUGUCUGUCGAUGCUUCAAGAUCAUAUUGCUCUUAUUUGCAAUCAGUUACAGGCAAAAUGCCAAGACAAAGGCUCUUUACACGUUCUGUUUUAACCAAACGUCCAAUUAACAUGACAUUAAACUUAGAGUGUACGGAGGAACCUCUGAGUGAAGCACAGUUGAUAUCAAGGACAAAACUCAAAGAGGAUUGUGAUAGGGUUACAGCUAUUUUAGAAGAACUAGUCAAAGAUCAUGGCGGUAAAUUGGUAUGUCAAGCAGGCGUUGUCAGUGGUUAUCAGUAUACAUUACCUACAAAUCCAACAGCAACAUCAGCAGUAAUUCAGAAUAAUCCUCAGAUUUUAAAUGUUACUCAGCAAAACAAAAAUUCAACACCAAUUAAACUAAAUAUUAAUAAUCCAACUGGACCUCAAGGGAACAUUCAGUUAGUAGUUGACCCACGCAUGGGGGUUAUUGUAGGACCUGUUACACAAACUCAAGGAACAACUAGUACAACUACAUCUGUGGUUUCAACUGCUACACAGCCUCAACAAGAAAAUUACAAGUAUACUAGAUCUGGACGAAGGACUAAAGUUCAAGUACAACCACCUGAUAUUAUUGAAGAGCCUGCAUCCACAGUUACUCGUUCGAGACCAAAGACUGGAUCAGCAACACAUGUUGUUACAACAACUGCUACUAUUCCACAAAAUGUGACAAAUCUCAGAAUAAAAACUGUCAAUAAGCAACAGGCAGUAAAUCAACCAACUGUCAAACCAACUGAACACACUAGUAUAGGAGGAAUAUCUGUUGGUUAUAAUACAGUCAAUGAACAUAUUGAUGAAGCCAAGAAGAACCAACCUGAUGGCAGAGAAUUUACAUUUAACAAAACAACCGGCGGUCGAACUUUUCCAUCUCUAGUAGUAGUAGCAAGACCAAAUUUACAUAGCAAAGAUAUCGGAUCACAAAUUGCACAAAAAGAAAGACAAGCAUUAGAUGCUAAAGUUAAAAGUGUGCUCAUGUUUUCUGCUACAAAGUUCGCCGAAUGGUUAAUACAGCAAGGUCUAGUAAGAUCAGAACAAUACUGUUUGCAACAUAGCUCAAGUUAUCAAAAGGCUAAACUCAAAUUAGGAAUGUAUAGUGAUCAAGGCACCUUCCCUUAUUCUGGUGGUUAUGUUUGGAUAUCCAAUUGUUGUCCUGACAAAUUUGUUUCUGUCUUUUCUGGUUCUCUCUUUCAAGGAGCUCCUUACACACCUACAGUCCUGUUAAAGUUGAUUUAUCAUUGGGCAUGUCAGACUAAUGUGCAAAAUGUAAUCUCCUGGGUAAAAGUAUCUAAUAUAUAUUUGAAAAACUUUUAUACAAAUCUACGUAGCAUUUGUACAGCAGCGGUAUGGGACAAGAGUCGCAAAAUGGGCGGUAAAAAUUCGGUGAUACAGAUUGGUGUAAUUAGUCUCGGUACUACAUCGCAAGAUGGACAUUUGCGACAGGUUAAAGUUGAAGUUCUUGGUGUUCUGGAUCCAACUACAUUAGACAUAAGAUUGCGCGCUUGCGAGCCGAUGCAAAACGGAGAUAGAUCAUUCAAAAGACGGUUUAAUAAUAUUUUACAUCCAUUGAAAGAAUGGGUUCAUACAGACUCGAAAAUAAUGACUGACUUUACUGUUGACAAAAGCACCUUGCAUGAUAUGGGCUACAAUCAUGUCAUGCAAUCUGCGUUUGCAGAACAGACAUCUAGAAACCUCUUGAGUAAUUACCAUAUCAUGGAAUAUCUCAGAAAAAUUGUGCCGAGAAUGUUUCAAAAUACAUUGAGCUUGCUCAGCAGACAAAUGAUACAGCAGUUCUUGGAUGAAUUAAUAUGGAGAGAGAUAUAUGGAGGUACAUCGGAACGUGCAUUUGACAAUAUUAUUCGACAUAUUGCGGAACAAACUAAAAUCGAUACUAGUGACAAUCUGUUAGAUCGUUUAGCAAAAAUCGCUGCUAAUCCAUUUCACGAUUGGUCUUAUUCAAAUAAUCCAUCAUUAAUGGAUACAUCAAUGAUAUCCACACAAGAUUCAACUCCAAUAACUGAUGUAGCAUCGUCUGAGAAUAUUAAAAUCCCUGAUUCUAUUCCUAUAAAAUCUUAUGUAAAACGGGGAAGAAAGCGAAUGCAUCCUGUAACAACUUUGGAUCAACACGAGUCGCAAAGAAGUGCAAUAGAUUUCAAGAAUAAUAAAGAAAAAGAAAAAGAUGAUAAAGACGAAAGAGAAUCGAGAGAACAAAUUCAGCUCCAAGAAUUGUAUUAUGCUACAAUGGAAGGUGAUAAGAAUCUGAUCUUAAAAGAACACAGAUCUCCAUUAUAUUUCAAGUGUUUCCUCUGCAUGACGAUGAUGAGAUCUAAUACCGAAGUAAUGGAGCAUAUGGUUAGUCAUGUACCUCCACAAGUGCCCGGUCAAUCAGAAUUGUCGGUAUGCCGUUACUGUUGCACCGCGCUUUCAUCGCAGCAUCAAAUGCUUACGCAUGUGGCAGAAACACACAGCAAUUUCGGUCAUUCUGACGGCCUCAUGGUAGUUUGUGCCAUUUGUGAAGAGAAAUUUGGAAAAAGCAAAUCAUUAAUCGAGCAUCUGUCAUCAAUGCAUUAUCCUUCGGAAAUGCCAUAUCGUUGCGAAAGUUGCGGUUAUCGCACGUCUAGUCAUAAAAAUGUCAUAGACCAUUAUUAUGAAAUCCAUGAAAAAGGCGAAGGAUUGCAAUGUCCUUUCUGCCUUAAGGUAGUUCACGCUUAUUUGUCGCACAUGCAAAGGCACAUUGUAAGAAGAGAUCAAGGAAAAGGUAACAAGUGUUCAAGAUGUUGUCUCUGGUUCAAUCAAAAGAGUGCGUUGACAAUACAUCAGCGAGAAUUACACGACUGUGUUUCUAAUCCAAAAGCGAUACCAUAUUCUGCUGCUAAAAGUGGAAUAAUGGUCUCAAAAGAACGACCAGAAAUGAUACGAUUUGCUGUAGAUAGUCCACCGCCUGAAUUACCACCGGACGAAAAGAUACAAAAAUGGAGCACUGGUCCAAUAACAGUGAAUACUUCCACCAGAUAUUUAGCAUGUCAGGAGUGCGAAGAAGAUAUUGAUGAAGAAGAUCAUUAUCCAGGCGAACAACGAUGUCAACAGUGCCGUUAUGUCACAUGUUGUUGGCGCGCAUUCCAAGAACAUCAACAACAAAUCCAUAAUGAAAGGCCGAAGACGAGUUUGAUCGUGCCAUCUCCUUUAAUUAAUAUUCCAUUAGAAAAGAAAUUACAAUGUCCAUGCGGUUAUAUGUCGACUGAUGGCAAUCAAUUAGCACAACAUUUAACAAAAUGUAAAAAAGUAUUGGCACGUCCUAUUGAAGAAUCAGCACCGUCUGGUAUGCUUGAUAGUUUAGGAUUAGUUCCGAGAACCUCUUCUGAAGAAGCUGACUAUGAAAAAUCCAAUUCACGCAAUUAAAUGACAAAAACAAAAAUAUAAUUGCUAUCAAUAUGAAUGAGGUAAUUGCUGUAUUAGAAUGAAUGAAGUACAUAAACAGAUAUGAAAUUCUUCUGUGAAAAAGAAAUAUGUAAAACAUUUAUCUAGAUAUUAAGACUUUAUUAUUGAUCAAGACUACUAUUACUAUUGAAUCUUUUCACGAUUUUGAAUUUUCUUUUUCGAUUUUAUAGCCAAAAGAUUG